GCCUCUGCGUGAGAGAAUAUCACAGUCAGACUGAGACAAGUUCCAGGGGUACGUACACACUGCAAUCUUUAGCACAUUUUACAGCCGGACUACAUGCGGAAAUGGCGUACCACAACCAGUACAGACCUCCUCACUACAACAGCGCGCCGCCUGAUCAGGCUUUUCUGUGGAAUAUCUUUCAGAGGGUGGAUAAAGACAGGAGUGGAUCAAUCUCAGAUACGGAGCUUCAGCAAGCUCUAUCAAAUGGAACAUGGACACCAUUCAAUCCAGUGACUGUCAGAUCAAUUAUAGCUAUGUUUGACAGAGAGAACAAAGGUGGAGUGAACUUUAAUGAGUUUGCUGGUGUAUGGAAGUAUAUCACAGACUGGCAGAACAUCUUCCGCACUUACGACCGUGACAACUCAGGGUUCAUUGACAAGAAUGAGUUGAAACAGGCUCUCACUGGCUUUGGGUAUCGUCUGUCAGAUCAGUUCUAUAACACGCUGAUAGAGAAGUUUGACCGGCAGAGGAAAGGACAGGUAGCUUUUGAUGACUUCAUACAGUGCUGCAUUGUACUACAGAGGUUAACUGACGUCUUCAGGCGAUAUGACACAGACCAGGACGGCUGGAUCCAGGUUUCCUACGAGCAGUAUCUCUCAAUGGUCUUCAACAUCGUAUAGCACAACACAACCACAAGCACCAGUGCCAAACAACAAAUCUCUCUUUCUACUGGUCUUCCACCAGUGACACCAUACACACCUCACUGAAGUUUUAUGGGACAGGAGAUUUGGGCUUCAGUUAAUGGAUCUUUUUUUUCUGUCUGUCUGCCUGUCUGUUUUCAUCUUUCUUUACAUUGUACAUCUAAAAAGAUAGUAAUAUUAAGCCCCUUUUUCAUAUUAAAGAACUUUGCAUUGUAAACUGCGUUGUGUCACCAACCUGUGUUGUAAAUGUCAUAGUAACAUUCAGAUGCAUGCCUUCUGAUAAAUGUCAUUAUUGUCAAAGCAUGAACUAACUUGUUUUCUGUUGAAGCAUUGUUUACAAUGAAAAUUUUUAAAUGUGCAUUUGAACAUGCAGAAGAAUUUUAUUUGAGAGAGCAGGAACAAGUACUUUUGUAUGGUCAUGUGCAUGAAGCUUUGCAACUGCAAAAAUGCAAAAUGUUUUAUUAAAAAAGAAACAUUCAAUAAGGUAUUUUAUUAGUUUUUUUUUCCUGUGGGCUCAACUUCCUUUUGGAAUUUAUAAAAGAACAUGAUGUGAGAUAUUCCUGCUACACGUACUCAUAUGAUUAGCUGCAUUUCACCAAAGAAAAAAAAAUCAAUUAUGUGUAUUGAUUGACCAAUCAGCAGCAGAUAUGUAUGUGAAAUUUUGUCUCUUUGCUAAAUAAAUAUUUGUAAUCGCUAA